GCCACUGUGGAUCUUUAAUUCAACUCAUGUCUUGACUGGGAUUUAAAAAAAAACUGCAACAAACACACAUGUGCGAUUGUUGACCUGUUAGACGAAAAUGGAGGAAGGAAAAAGCAAUUCAGAGAUUGGCACCAAUGGUGUCAGCAGUGAAAAUGGACACACUUCCACCUAUAAAAUGGAAAUAGGAAUUGCAAAGCUUGACACUUCCUAUUUAGAGAACCACAUGCAGUGUGCCAGAGUUGUACAGAAUCCUACAUUCCAGGAAUCUUUAUCUGGUAGGGAGGACUUGUUUAAUCUAUCCAAAGAAGAUGGGGGUGUUUCCCCACGGUACCCAAACGACGAAUAUGAAGAGAUAGGUAAUGUGCAGAAGGGAGAUAACUCUUCAGAGGACAUGGAUAGAAGCCGGAGUCUAAGUUCUGAGGAUGUGUUUGCGUCUGGUGAUUUUGAUGACUACUUGGACCCGAUUUGUUCACCUAUUAAGUCUGUCAAUAAUGAUGAUUCUGAAUCUGGGGCUCCCACCACUUUGAAUGUUAAUGAUCCACCCAUCAUCAUUACCACCACUCAUGAGUACGAAGAUUUAUCGCCUGUUAGUCCAAAAGAAGUCUGUAAAAGUUACACCAGCCUCAGUCUCAGUACACCCAAUCAAAGUACUGUGAGUGACAAUACUGAUGCCAAAGAGACAAAUAUUUAUGAUAACUGUGAUAUUUAUGAAAACGACGCACAUACACCAAAGAUAACCACAAUUAGACAUAGUGAGGACCAAAAAGGAAAUGUAGAGUGGAAAGAUGGAGGAAUGAGUGAGCUUGCAAAUGAAUCUGAAAUGGACUUUUUAUCUGACAAAGUUGAAGAAGAUACGCAGGAUAAUUUCUCUAUUAGAAGUAUUCAAGGAUCAGUUGCAUACUUGGGUGACGUUUCUGGUGAGGGUUUUGAUGAAAGUCGAAAUAUAGAUGAAAUUGAGGAUGAUAUUGAUGAUGAUUCUAAUUCAGACAAUCAAGGUGAAUUCGAUUUCACCUCACCAGAGCAGCAAGACCAAGUUGAAGAUGAGUUGGAUAGGUAUGUACCCAUGGAGAAAGUGGGCAGAAACUUCAAUGCACUAGAAAAGGAUGAAAAAGCUGCAGCAAAAUUUGAAGACAAUUUAAAGGACGACAGUUCAGUGCUGAGUAUACAAGGAUCAGUGUCUUAUUUGGAUGAUAGUGUAUCUUGUUUCACAGAAAAUGUAGAUGAGCAGCCCAGUGGGAUGAAUGAGACUGUAAAUGAAUUUGAAUCUGAAGAAAUUCUGUCCAAGGAGGCAGAAGAUGAUAGGGAGAACAGUUGUUCUACAGGCAGCAUACAAGGGUCAGUGGAUUACUUAGACGAUGAUAUUUCCUGUGAUGCUGUAGAUGAGAGUAGAAAUGUCGAUGAAAUUGAGGACAAUGAAGAUGAUUUGGAAGCAAGUGAUUCAAAGAAUCAAGGCAAAUUAGACUUCAGCGCAUUGGAGGAAAGGAAUAAUCAAUCUCAGGAUGAAUUUAAUAGUUAUGAAUAUGUAAGAAACGAUGAUGAUAGCUUAAGCACAUCUGAAUUGGACAAUAAAAGUGAAGACAACUUGAGGGAUAACUGCUCUGUGAUAAGUGUCCAAGGAUCUGUGUCGUAUUUAGAUGAUAAUGUGUCUUGUUUCACAGACGAUCUUUUAAGUGUUGGUAAAAGUGAUUACGAAUCUGAUGAAAACAUUACAGAACCUCCCAAGACAAAAUUCAUGAAAGAAAAGCAGAACUUUGAUAAAUUUUCUAGAGAUGCUGAUCUUGGUCAUAGAAAAAGUACCACAGACUCAGAUUUAGAUCAAAUUCCAUCAAACUUGGUCAAAAGGCUUUCUCAACAGUUUUCUAAGUCAGUGGGGGACUUGAGAUAUGUGCCAUUUUCUUUUACUUCAAGAAGAACUUCUUUACCAAAAACAUAUAAGGAAGAAGACAAGGGACCAAAAGGACAGAAGACCACCAGAACCAAGGAGGAGGAAACCAGAGUAGAAGAGACUGAGACUGGUCAAAAGACGACAACGACAACAAAAACGACAACAGUUGUCCAGAAUGGUGACAUUAGUAAUGGUCCACAAGAGGUUGAGGAGGACACUAAGGCCAGAAAGCCCACAGUACAGGAGGAGAUUAUGUCGGUGGAGGGAGGGGUGUAUGAGAACGAACCUGUCCAUGAGCCCGGAGUCGUCAGGGAGAGUGACCCCAAAAACAUAGGGGAAGAACUACCAGAGGUGGGCACUGCCAAGAACAUGCUUCAGAGGUUCACCCAGAUCCAGGAGGAGUCCAAGAAACCUGUGGUCGGGAAAAGGCAGGCUACCCCACCCAGGGGCUCUGGUCCCAUGGAGUAUGUCAGCGAACCGAGGGCCAUUAUUGAAAAACCUGAGCAGAAGAUCGAAGGAGGAAUUUUCGAGAAUCAACCUGUCUCUGAGGAAGGGGUUGUGAAGUCGUACGACACCAUGGAAGACGUCAAACCCGAGCAGGGUUAUGCUAGAAAUGUGUUGGCCAAGUUCAAGGAAAUAGAAACUCAAGUGAAGAAUCGUCCUCCUCCGUCACCAAAGAAGGAGCUGACUCCAGACCGAUUUACCAAGGGAGAGUAUGUCAGCGAACCUAGAUCCACUUUCCAGACGUAUGAAGGAAAAACUGAGUCUGGCAUUUUCGAAAGUCAACCUAAAGAAGAGAAAGAUGUCAUCAAGUCGUAUGAACAUGAACAGGAGGUUCUACCAGAGCAAGGCACAGCCAGGAACUUAGUUUCGAGAUUCAAAGAGUAUGAAUCCAAAAGUAAAUCCCCCUCUACACCAAGAGAGAAGAAAGAGUUGACACCUGACAGAUUCACUAAGGGAGAAUAUGUGUCUGAGCCAAGAGCAACCUUUCAGCAGUAUGAAGGGCAAGUGGAGGCUGGUGUUUAUGAAAGUAAACCAGUGGAAUGUCCAGAAAUUGUCAAAUCUGGGGAAUAUUACGAGGAACCUUUACCAGAGCAAGGCUACGCAAAGAAUGUUAUUUCCAAGUUUAAGGACAUUCAAAAAGGUUCAGGAUCACCCAGCAGUUCUCCAGCAAACAAACCAAGGGAAAUAACUCCACCUAGACAAGACACAUUCUCUGGUGUUUUGGAAAAUAAACCCCAGGAAAGGUCUGAUAUUGUCCACUCAUACGAUGUCCACGAAGAAGAUAUGCCUGAAUCAGGAACCACUCGAAAUCUGUUGAACAAAUUUAGGGAAAUCCAGCAUUCAGGGUCCAACUCCCCAGCUUCACCAAGAUUAAAGAAGGAAUUCACUCCCCCACCCCAGUCAGGCAUUUAUGAAAACACCCCUCAGAAACAUUUGGAGGUAGAGCAGAGAAUGGCAGAAAGUGGAAUUUUAGAAAACAACCCAGACAGGAGAGAGGGAGUGGCCAGAGAGGAGGAACCAUCUGCUGGGGCAGUCGAAUUCCCAGAAAGAGGCUACGCAAAGAAUAUGGUGUCCAAAUGGAAACAGCUUGAAACUGAGCAUAGCAAAUCAGCUUCUCCCUCACCGAGAUACAAGGAAUUCACCCCUCCAAGGGAGGAACCCAGAAUCAAGAGCCCCCUGAGUCCCAAAUCCCCCGCCGGAACCAACAGCAGUGUUCAUCCCCGGGAUCUACCAGGUCAGUAUCAAGAACAAGGGGGUCCAGGAAUCUACGAGAACCAGCCAACGCACCGUGAAGACAUUGCCAGAGAGGAGGAGACCGAUUGGAGCGAGGGUCUACCCAAGGAGGGCACCAGCAAAUCCCUCAUCAAUAAGUUCCGAUCCGUGCAGGAGGAGGCAAAGAAGUCCCAGGAAGUGCCUAAGCCCGUCUCCAGGAGGGAUUCAACAGAUAGUCCAAGGAGUCCGAAAAAGAAGAUGUUUGAAGAGCGCAGUGACUCGCCAGAAAGAGGCGAGAAUACCCCCAACUCAGUAGGAACAGAAGAUGAGUCAAAUGUGGCUCCAUCUACAGGCAACAAUGCAAGUCCCAAAAGUCCCUUUGUCGCCGUACAGUUGGAGAAGUGUGCGGCAUGUCAGAAAACCGUCUAUGCCAUGGAGAAGAUCGAAAUGAAUAAAAACUGCUACCACAGGGCGUGUUUUAAAUGUUCCCACUGUAACUCACGAUUAACGGCAAAAACGUUCAGCAUGAAUGAAGGAGUUAUGUAUUGCACAAACCAUUUUAAGCAACUUUUUGCUAGGAAAGGGAAUUAUGACGAAGGAUUUGGACGUCAACAACAUAAAAAGCGUUGGCAAGGCGACCAACCAAAUGGUGAACAACAGACAGUACAAGAAGCCACUGCUUGAUGUUGUGUGCUUUAAAUUUUUUUUUGUCGAUACGUAAUUUUUUUUUGUUUUUGUAUUAUUAUUGUAUGAUAUAUGAUAUAUUGCCAUUUCAUUUGUCAAUAUUAUAGAGACAUGUUAUUCAUUUUUUUGAAAGAAUUUUAAGCAAGCUCAAAAAUGUGCACCUGAAAUGAGGCAAGAAGGGACACAACUCUUGGCAGGACAUUGUUCAGUGCUAUAUUAUGUAUGUUGGAAAAAUGAACUAAGAAGAGUGCUUUAUGAUAUUUUUGUCCAUUUUUGAAAUACCACAAUUCAUUACAUUGUAUUCAUUAUUAGGACAUUUAAGAAUAAUUACAUGCCUGCAUUUUACAAAUUUCGAGUUGUCAUCAAAUUUGAUUUCAAAAUAAAAAAAAAUGUUUUGGAAUUACGUUAUGGAGGUAUAAAAAAGUGUCUCUUUUAGCAUUAGAUCUCAGGCAUGUUUGGUCUUCCAUUGUAGUGAGCGAGCGUUUGGACACACCAUGAAAAAUAAUCGUUGCAUUGUUUUACGAUCAUUGAAAUAGGCUUUAUAUUUGAUAUUGUCUGGAUUGUGAUAAAGAAACAGAUGAAUCAUAUAAUACUGAAAAGUGUGACAUGAGUGCAAUUUUUUAUUGAGAUAAUUGGAAUUGUUUGCAGAACUUUAUAACAUCACUUUGUAUAUUUUUUUUUUUUGAGAAAUCAUUUACCUUGCUCAUCUGCAAGUUUCCGUUUUGUCAUAUAUAUUAUAUAUAUCAUUUUUAUAUAUUACAUUACACCAAAGACUGCCUGAAAGGCAGAUUUGUAGGUGAGCGAAAGAAGGUGAUUUAUUUUGUUCUCUCUGAAUCAAUAAAUAAUGUAACAAAUUUGUAAAGAAGAAAUUUUUAUAAUUUUCCAUUCAUUAUUAAUUUUAAGUUGCAGUUUGUAUGAAUGCAUUUCAAUCAAUGUAUUAAGAAAAAAAUCUAUGCAGCUGUUUAAUUUUUUUCCUUCAGUUUUUCAUGCAUUUGUUUCUUUUUUUUUUUUAAAUGUGAAUGUAAGUUGCUGCAAAUGAACUUUGACAUUCUUAUUUUAGUCAUAUAUUUGAUUAGAUUAUCGAUACUGCUUCAAACUCAAAUGUGAAUUAAUUUGUGAAUAAUAAAAAGCUGCUUGUUGUAUCAUUAGUUAUGAAAUCUUGUGACACGUUUAGUCAAAGUUAAAACGUGACAAUCGGGUUUGAGUUCAAAUAAUGCUGGUCUCAUUUCCCAUGAACAUUAUAUAAAGAUUAAUUUAUAUGUGCUUUUGACCUUAAAUUAUCAAGCUAUAGCAAAUAUUACUGCAUAGGACUUUUGCAAUAAAAUCUUUUUCAGUAAAA